AUGAUACUCAACACAAACCAUGUGUACAACUGGACAAAUCCAACGGCAUUUGGUCGUAAAGUUGCGCGGGAUCAACCUGAAACGAUUUGUGCAGAGCUGUGUGGUGCUGCACGCAAGCCUAUAGAGCCCAUGCAGCCCACUGGUCGAGCAUGUGGAGGCCUGUUGAAAGUUGGCUCUGGGCCUGAACAUGAUGGUGCUGCACAGCGUCCCUUGUCCAUGUUGAAGUGCUAUCCGUCGGUUUCCAAAUGUCGAGCAUGUGGAGGCCUGUUGAAAGUUGUCUCUCGGCCUGAACAUGAUGGCGCUGCACAGCGUCCCUUGGCCAUGUUGAAAUGCUAUCCGUCACGAGUAGUGAUCAUCGAUCUUAGAAAAAGACCAUUUACAGGCACACCCACAAGAGCAAACGGUAUGGAGUUCUUUAACCAACAAAACAAAAACAACAAAACACGCUCCUUUCAGGCCAGCAAACUCAUUGGCAAUGCUGAAAUGGUCGAGGUCACUAGUCUGAGCAACAUCAAGGAUUCAAAGACCACUGAACAUCCGUCAAAGUUCCAGAGUGUACCUAGCAAAGUUGUUGGUCGUUACCCAGUAGUAGACGUUGCUCACAGGGCUCUAUUUAACCACUUUAGCCAUGACUCAGUAGGUGUGCUAACCUCAUCGCUGCGCACAUGGUCAGUCAGACAUAAGGGUUCUGCUCAACUUCACUAUACACGAAGAUCCCAAGAAAUCCAACGUUGCCUUCCUUGGCAACUAACUUCGGAGCCAGGUCAAUCCACUGAAGUCCGCCGAUACCAUCCACACUUGCUCGAAUCUCUGGGAAGAUGUACACAACAUAUGCGUCCAAAAGACCUUCUCGAUCGGACAUGGCGAGCGCAAUGGGUACAGACAUCCGAAUUGUCACAUUUGUUAACUUUCUUGUCGGUCCCAUAUAUUCCACUUGAACAGUGUGUUCAACUCUGGGACCAAUCUCAUCAACAUCCACGCGUCUCUGGAAUCCAGAACCCCAAAACACCGGCUUUGUACGGUUGUCCAUACGGCUGGUAA